AUGUCAUCCCAACUGUCCUAUAAAUUGAGCAAAGCUUCAGGUGCAUCUACACAACUUAUCUGUACCAAUACCCAGGACAACAGGAAUGGCUGUCUCAGUUCUUCGCCUGAUGGUUGUCCUGGGACUGAGUGCCCUAAUCCUGACAUGCCGGGCAGAUGACAACCCAAAUGAUAAUGACCACCCAGAUGAGAAAUCAGACAAGCCUGAUGACUCUAAAAAUCCAGAGCCAGGGUUCCCCAAAUUCUUAAGCAUCCUGGGUUCGGAGAUCAUUGAGAAUGCAGUGGACUUCAUCCUUCGCUCCAUGUCCAGGGGAUCAAGUUUUAUGGAACUUGAAGGUGACCCUGGACAGCAACCUUCAAAAGUGACCUCCUAAGGGCACACCCUUUUGGCAGCCACGAAAAUCAAGGACAGCCAGAUCCUGAACAUCCAGUUCUGUUUCACAAGUCAUGUGAAAACAAAGACUUCAAGGCAUCUCCCAGCAAGUCAGAGGAAAUUCAGCCCCAGUUUCAGCCAAAUACAAUUCAUUUGAGCUCCAUGACUUUGCAUUCCUCCUCCUUCCGCAAUGUCAGAAAAUAAGUAUCUUCUUCGAGUUUUAGAAUUACACACCUGACUUCAUAGAGAUUUUUGUUUUUCCUAGCAAUUUUCCACAUUGUGUUUCAUUUUCUAAUAUGGGGAAAAUGAGAUUAUGUAUUACAUAUACAUAUGUGCAAAAGCUAGUUCAAGGCAUCUUUAUGUAUACAAUACAUGUAUGUUAACAGACUCUAAAAGAUAAAAUAACACAUUUCAAAAAAAAAAGGCAGUAGGUAGUAGAACAAGGACUCAAUUCUUACUCCAAAAGCUAAGUUCUUAAUUUCUAAAGAUAUACAAAGAAGUUUCAAUAUUUUACACAUUUUUAAAGUUUUCCCUUCAAAAUAUUUCAAGCAGCAUAGCCUGUGUUGCUGAAUUAAAUGUUAGACUUCCUCUUUUCAUUCAAAUGCCUGUUUCUCUUUCAUGGCCAUUAUUAUUCUUCUAGAAUACAGAGUGUUGAAGAGGGGAGAAUGCUUGAAAUGCUGAAUGCAGCCCAAUCACACUGGUACCUUAGGGAAGAGAGCUGAGUCCUCAGUAGACAUGGCAGCACACUUGACAGAAACAUUCCCCAAGAGUGUCCUAAUGUGUUCAAGAGGACAGGACUGAAGUCAUGGAGCAAGAUGAGCAUGCAUCACUGGAGUCUAGAAUACCAACCCAUUCUGUUUUUUUCUAUUCAGUUCACCAGAGUUUCUCUUCAGUCCUGUCUUUCUCAAGCAUCACUCUUAUUUUCAAUCUCACCCUGAAUGCAAGCAUUAACUCUUGCUUGUCUCUCUUGCAUUUUUUAUCUGUGAUAGGUUUGCAUACAGCACAAAGAACUUUUCAUGAUAUAGAUGGAUGGAAUAUUGGACCUAGUGAGAAAAUUAAAUAAAAUGAGAUGAGGUGAAAA